UUAUCGAAAGCCAGCUUGUUAAUUUGUAUUAGUUUUUGUCAUUCUUGCACUACUUGCCACCAACAAGUUUUAUUACUACAUUUUUAGUGACAAAUUUUGCCCUUAUAGCAACACGUUUUCCACUUUGAUAUAUAUAAGCAAAGGUCGCUAAGUUCAUCGAGUACCAUGAUAUUUAAAGUCACAAAAACGAUGAUGAUUGUGGUGAUGGUAAUGACAGUUAUGUUGAGACAAUGCAACGGUCUCAACAUGAAUUACUACUUGAUGAGUUGCCCUAUGGCUGAGUUCAUUGUCAAGAACUCGGUUAACUCAGCUUUGAGAGCUGAUCCAACUCUCGCGGCUGGCCUUAUAAGGAUGCAUUUUCAUGAUUGCUUCAUUCAGGGUUGUGACGCGUCAAUUUUGCUUGAUUCUACUAGUGACAACACUGCAGAGAAAGACUCGCCUGCUAAUUUGAGUUUAAGAGGCUAUAAAAUAAUCGACGACGCCAAGAAACUACUUGAAGACCAAUGUCCUGGUGUAGUAUCUUGUGCCGAUAUUGUGGCAAUGGCUGCCCGUGACGCUGUUUUCUUUGCAGGGGGUCCAGUUUAUGAUAUACCGAAAGGAAGAAAAGAUGGAACACGAUCGAAAAUAGAAGACACAAGAAACCUGCCUCCACCAACUUUUAACAGUAGUGAACUCAUUCAAAUGUUUGGCCAACAUGGUUUCACUGCUCAAGAAAUGGUUGCUCUCUCUGGCGGACAUACACUAGGAGUGGCUCGAUGUUCAUCAUUCAAGAACCGGCUAAAAGGCUUCGAUUCAACGCACGAAGUGGACCCAAGCAUCGACGCACAAUUUGUGAAAACGCUAGCUAAAACAUGUAAUGCAGGCGACAAUGCUGAACAGCCCUUCGACACAUCAAGAAACAUGUUUGAUAAUAAUUACUACUAUGCGCUUCAAAGGCAAGCCGGGCUCCUAUCAUCGGACCAAACCUUGAUGACUGACCCAAAGACCAGACCUAUUGUCAACGCGUACUCCAUGAACCAAGCCAUGUUCUUCUUUGAUUUCCAACGAGCCAUGGUGAAGAUGGGAUUGCUUGAUGUUAAAGAGACCGGAGAAGUUCGUCAAAACUGUCGCAAAAUCAACUGAUUUCAAUUUCGUUUUGCACUCUUGAUCAAAAAAUUUCGGUUUGAACAACUUAUACUGCUUGAUAGCUAGUUUUACCCUUUUUUCUUAACGAGGUUUGUUAUAUUGGUAUUGAAUGUAUGUAAACAAGAUGGGUAAUUGUGUGUAGUAAUAUGCAUGUACAUAUAUAUUAAUAAGUUUAGUUUUACCUUUUGUUAUUAAUAUAUACUUAAUUUGAUUGGCAUA